ACGCGAGAACAGGAAGAAUUAGAGGAAGCCUUAGAAGUAGAACGGCAGGAAAAUGAACAAAGAAGACUAUUUAUACAAAAAGAAGAACAGCUGCAACAGAUUCUCAAAAGGAAGAAUAAACAGGCAUUUUUAGAUGAACUGGAGAGUUCUGAUCUCCCCGUUGCUCUGCUUUUGGCUCAGCAUAAAGAUAGAUCUACACAAUUAGAAAUGCAACUUGAGAAACCCAAACCUAUAAAACCAGUGACAUUUUCCACAGGCAUCAAAAUGGGUCAGCAUAUUUCAUUAGCACCUAUUCAAAAGCUUGAAGAAGCUCUGUAUGAAUACCAACCACUACAAAUAGAGACAUGUGGACCACAAGUUCCUGAGCUUGAGAUGCUAGGAAGACUUGGGUAUUUAAGCCAUGUCAGAGCUGCCUCUCCACAGGACCUGGCUGGAGGCUAUACUUCUUCUCUGGCUUGUCACAGAGCACUGCAGGACGCAUUCAGUGGGCUUUUUUGGCAGCCCAGUUAACCUUUAUUUCUCUGUUUAUAAGAUUUGGACCUUGGAGCUGAACCAGGGAGCUAGCAAAAGUAAAGCAGACUUGUAAAAUUAUAGCCAUAUGCAGCUGCACAGUACCAGCAUUGCUAGUGGUGGUAAAAUAUUUAUAAAGAGAAAAUUUCAGAGCUAAGUUGAGUAAUAUAGGGGAUGCAUGUUUGUGGAAAAGAUUUUUUACUUAUUUUUUUCCUGAGAAACAUUAACACAAUAAGCCUCAUUUGAUGGAAGAGAGGAAAAAAUAAUUCACAUAUAUGUUUGAGGUUGACAGACUUGUAAAAUCUUUUUAAAAAUAAAGCCAAACUUUAUAUUAA